AUGCAAGCAGUUAAUUAUUUGCGGAUGUUGAAGACCGGCAAUAUGCUACGAUCUGCACAUAGCCUUUUUUUAAUUAAAAAUUUAAGGCUUUCUUCAGUCCUUUCCAGAAAUUCCUCUGUCGGGGUAAAAGGGGAACCUGCGAAACCGAACAUACAAACUCCCGUGCCUGGGCCAAAAUCACAACAACUUUUAGAAGAAUUAAGUUCACUUCAGCAAACAGGUUCGGUACAGCUUUUCGCCGACUAUGACAAGUGCAUUGGAAAUUAUUUCGUUGACGCCGAUGGAAACACGUUUCUUGACGCAUUUACACAAAUAUCGUCCGUUCCUAUCGGGUACAAUCAUCCAAAGCUGAUGGAAGCCUUUAAGGAUGAGCAUUAUUUGAAACAACUUGUCAAUCGACCGGCCUUGGGUGUGUUCCCUUCUUUGAGCUGGCCUGAAAUGUUGCAGAAAGUUUUAAUGCCAGUUGCACCCUGCGGCUUGAAUUGCGUAGCAACGAUGAUGUGCGGGUCCUGUUCUAAUGAGAACGCAUUUAAAAGUGUCUUCAUGUGGUAUCGUAACAAAGAGCGUGGAGGAAAAAUCGACUUCACACCUGAAGAAAUGGAGUCUUGUAUGAUUAAUCAGCCACCAGGAGCUGCCAGUCUAUCUAUUCUGUCUUUUAAGGGUGGUUUUCACGGUCGGACUUUUGGUGCGCUGUCCACUACAAGGUCGAAGCCUAUACAUAAGCUAGAUUGUCCAGCGUUUGAUUGGCCCGUGGCGCCUUUUCCAAGAUACAAAUAUCCACUUGAUCAGCACCAACGCGAGAACUGUGAGGAAGAUCAAAAGUGCCUGGAGCAAGUAGAGGAAGUUAUUCAAAAGUACCAGAAAAAGUGUAUUCCUGUAGCGGGAAUGAUCAUAGAACCAAUACAAGCAGAGGGUGGGGAUAAUGAAGCCUCCCCAGAUUUUUUUAAAAACCUUCAGAAAAUAUGCAAAAAAAAUGGCAUUGCCCUCAUUAUUGAUGAGGUACAAACAGGCUGCGGCCCGACCGGCAAGAUGUGGUGUCACGAAUACUUUGACUUACCUUCACCACCUGAAAUCGUUACUUUCAGUAAGAAAAUGUUAACAGGCGGAUUCUAUUUUAGCGAAGAAUUCAUGCCGCUACAACCUUAUAGAAUUUUCAACACUUGGAUGGGAGAUCCGGGAAAAUUAAUCCUAUUAAAGCAAGUGCUGACAGUCAUUAAAAAUGAUAAUCUAAUUAGUCAGACACAAGAAACCGGAAAGUAUUUGAAGGAAGGUCUUCACCAGUUGGAGAACGAGUACCCUAAUAUUAUUAACAGUGUUCGAGGACGCGGCACAUUCUUAGCUUACAACGCACCUACCACUGAGCUUAGAGACAAGAUUAAUAUCACUUUAAAGAAAAACGGUGUGCUCAGUGGAGUGUGCGGUGAGAAAGCGAUCCGCAUUCGACCGGCUUUGAUAUUCGAAAAGAAACACGCAGAAAUAUAUUUGGAUACUCUGAGGAAAAUUUUCAAAGAGUUUUAA